CGGAGAUUUUCGUUGACCCGAGAUGUCAGUGACCUCGACGCUCUUGUUCUCGAUGAUACUUCAACAGAAAAAUUGAUGGCAGAUAGUGGAGAACAUGGCUACCCUCACUGGAGAUGUCAGAGUCUGGAGUCUAAGAGAAGAUGUUGUUGUGAGAGAUGCUGAUUUUUCAGCUGUCAGAUAUCAAGACAAGACUGCUGUUAGGAAGGAGCGUAUCUAUUAUGAAGAAAAAAAGCGGUACAUUGAGGCAAGAGGAGGCUGUGCUGCUCCUAAAAACAGUCGCCCCACUCGUCUCAGAGAUGCCAUAAAAGAGUUUGAGGAAUUGCUGGGAGCAGAACAGGUGGUGUGGAGUAGCUGGGGUGCUACUAGCACCGAGUUUGCCACACCAUCUGAUGACGCACAUGAAGCUCUGGCUCAGCAUCAUGAACCUUGCAGAGUUUAUUAUAUGGUGCUGGCGUCUGGUGUUGUGUGUACAGCUCUGCUCAGUGCCGUGUCAGGCGAUCUGCGUGGUCUGACUUCUGACAAGUACAUGACUGGCAAGCUGCUCUCUGAACACCCUGCUCAUGCUGCUAUCACAUCAAACCAUCUGGUGAUCACUUACAAUGACUCCCGCGUGUCAGUGCUCCACAUGGAUGCCUACACUCCUCCAUGUGCCUUGCCACUGCCACUCUCCCAGACCGGGGACUCCACGACAGGCUACACGGCGCCUUUAUUCUCUUCACGACAUCCUGCCCUUUACACUGCGCAGCUCGCUGGCCCUCAUGGCCGCCGCUUUCAGAGGAAAAUUUCUGCUAACUCUACGGGAGACAUGAUUGCUGUGUGGUGGGAGCGAUCCGAAGACGAAGUUUAUCCUUGGUCUCCUCUGGAGCGUGACUGCAGGGACAGAGCAAACAUUCUUAUUUAUGGUCUUCGUUGCGGUCAGCUGUCUUUGUUCGGGCAUGCGCGGUCACACUUGCCGCCCCUCAGUGUUGCGUUCAGCGCGAGAGACGCCAAUGUUUUGCUUAGUGUUGAGCAAGGCUUUGACAAGAAGGGUGGCGUCAGUGUUCUCUCUGUGGUUUAUAAGGUUGGAGAUAGCAAGGUAGAGCGUGUUUCCGUCACAACCAUCCCGUUGGAGGCACCGGUAGCAAGCCACAGCUACAGCCCAAAGGAGGACCGACUGUUUUUGGCAUGCAACAACGGCGUCCUUGCGCUGCACUCGCAUGCAUCCACGCACCUCACGAGAGCCGCUCUCAGCCCCACGCACGUCACCUGGCUGCAGCCUGGGGCUUUACUUGCUGUUGCUAAUGACAGAGGACAAGUCCAGUUCUUUGACAUGGCUCUGAGUCUUGUCAGGGUGCAACUUGGAGGAGAAGAUGGGCUGCCACUUCGUCUGCUCGACUUUGCUGACUAUUUUUGCCACCAGCCAUCUCUUCGAGAUAUUUCUUGGGCUCCCGCUCCGGUCGUCUUCAGUUGUAGUGACACAAAACGAAACUACAACGCUAAUGUGAAGCGCUACUUGGACGUCCGGGAGCAACAUUCUUCCUUAUUACUGGUGUUGCAGUACGUGCGAGGUCCGUUGCUUUGCAUUCGUUUCAAUGCUCCUCACUUUUCACUCACUCAUCCCGUGUCCAACCCUCGGCUGGAUGACCUCAGCUUCUCGUCUUCACUAAGCCCAAACACCGAGGACUCGGAUUCGCACAACACCUCGCAGAUAUCUUACGGCACAACCACGUCCAAUUCUUCGGGCUCUAUUGCUACCAAGAGUUCAGUUAAUAACCAAAAUAGUUCUCAGAAUACUACAGGAAAUUCAUCUGGUCAUGCAUCAAAGGACGACCAAGGCUUGACUGCUCAUUACUGCAGCAUUUGUCCGGACGUCCUAGUUGGCGAGUAUCUUCGUCACGGCCAAGUAGAAGAAGCCAUCAACCUCAGCAGGUCUCUGUGCUGGGAACAAGAUGGUGGUGCUGCUCUGAAAUGCAUCAGCAGUGUCGUCAACUACAUCAUUAGACGAGGACAAAUAUCCCGACCUUCAAAUAGUGUAACUCCGCAUUCUCCAGCACAAGAUGACGGGCAAGACAGAACAUCCGCUCUCACGGUACCAUCACUAAAUUCGUCUCCUGGGCUUUGGGAAACUCGUAUCUUGAAUGCGGCCGCUGUUUUAUCCUCGGGCUUUCUCUCACCAUCGGCACACCUCACGCCUGCCACUGAAGAGCUCUACGGCCCUCCUGUGCGAGCGCUUGCCCGACGAUUGUUCUUCAAGUUACUCAGGAGUGCGUGCCUGCAGUCUGCGUUCUCUCUGGCCCAGGAUCUGGGUGACCCCGACUGCUUUGUCAGGCUGCACCGGUCCGCUGAGCGGGCGGGCUUACCGCAGCUCGCAGCGCAGUCUCUGCGACACGCAAACAGCCUCCGCUCCUCAUCAACGUCUUCUUGCUCUGGCAGCUGCUCGCACAGCGGCAGCUCGUAUUCUGGCAGCAGCAGCGGCAGCUCGUGCUGCGAUGAGGACUGUUCACAUUCCAGCUGUACAGACGGCAGCACCAGCAGCAGUGGCUCUGAGUCUUGCUCCACCUGCUCCGACUCUUCCAGUGACUCAGACUCACAUGAAGGGUUGGAGGAGCGUGGAGAACGCCAGGGUGGGGAUGGGCGCGAAAGUGAAGGCCCUGGAAGUUCGCAACACGACGGAGUUUCCAGAACCCCUGACGACGCUCGCGCUAUUCCCGACCGACCAUUGUUCGUCCAGCAGCCCACGAGUGUUCCUCCGCCUGUCCCUGCCCCCAUCCUGCCGAGAGACUCGAAUAUUUCUUCAGUAGAGGCCGUAGCCUCGUCCACUAUGACUUACUAUGACCCGCCACCCUACACUUCCCAUAAUUUCACUCGUACCGCUUCUGUAAUUAAUCCUUCUGGAACCUCAAAUGAUGUCACGGAAUUCACUUCGAACUCUGGCACUUUGAAAGCAGCUAAUGUUCCGAAGCCAGAAAAUGUGAUUCGUGGCCUCAAACCUACGCUUUCCCAUACUACGGUUUUGAAAAACUCGACCAAGUCUUCUCAACUUCAUGACAUGAAUUUUAAAAUCGAUCUAAAAGAUGAUCUUCAAACCACACGCGCCGUUCCAACCACACAAUAUAAUGACGCUUACGUUCCAAGCUCUGCUCACCAGCUCGUCGCCAACCAGUAUAGUAACUCAAGAAAUGUUACAGUUCUUAACACCCAAUCAAAUGCGAUGCGUCACUAUGGGCCUCUGGAAAAUUCUGGGACAUCUUCUGAUCAAACUGGUGAUCCUUACUCGAAAUCGUCCGGUAAUCCAGUGAGCGCAAUAACGUCUAUGGACGGUAAAGUAACUAUCAACAUAACUCAGAACGAGAGCCUCAUAAAUGUCCAUCGCAACACUAAACGGUCGAGCCACCGCAAGAGCAAAACAAACUCUCGCAAACGCAACGAAAGCUCGUCCGUGAGCGAAGAGUUUUUUCUAGAAAACAAGAGCGCCGUGUCUGAGCAUCGUCAUUCGGGGAAAGAGAUAGAAGUAUGUCACUUCGAACAUAGUCAUGUGGCCGCUCCCAAGUCUCGGCAUGACAAGAAAAAACAGGAAGUCAAUAUUCCAUUUAAAAAUCGUCGGUCCCAACGAAAUCUUACGGAUGCUAUGGAUGCCGCCGAUUCUGCUAUUGCAGCAUUACAUUCUGUCAGGAAAUCCAUGGCCAAUGAGCCUGACUUAAAAGCUGUUCCAACGACUGUGGGGUCAAAUGUUUUUCAAAAUUCCGAUCCAAAAAACCACACCCUUAGUAUUGCUGAGAGUAGUCAAAAUACAACAGGGGCUUCCCACAAUCUUGCAUUAAGAACUCUGCAGUCAGUGCCUAAUACCUUUGAAAAAUCCUCAUUUGUCCCCAAAGAGACUCUUCCUAUGGAUGUUGGUUAUUACAAUGAAGAUACUAUUGACGAAGAAAUGAACAGGAGCCUGUAUCAAGAUCUUUCAACGGAAGAAGAGGAGGGCGGAGGUACCGUUAAAGUUGUUCAUUUUGGCGUCGUGUAAACCCCGCACACAGUUCUCACCUCAGCGGAAUUUUCGAAACUUUUUGUUGCGCAUCGCCUUCAUGAUUGAGAAAAAUUCUCUUCAUUUUUAACUUACUUUUUCUUACUAACAUUAUAAAUUUUAUUUAUUUACAUUUUAUGUUGUUUUUUAAUAAGAAUAAUAAUGAUUAUACGACUACAUUGAAAUAUACAAACAUGCAUAGAAGUGUCGUAGGCUUUGUCCUGACAGCAAUGUCCCAGCUUUACUCCAAGAUUACCCACGAGCAGCUAACUCAUAUUGAAUGCUGAACUCGGACCUUGAGCUGCAUUUCAACAGUGCAGCCCCACAAUCCGAUAUUAAAUCAACGUUGGAACUGUUAUUUUAUAGAAUCAAGGUGAAUUCCACGUGGUUCCAACUUCCUUUGCCUGGUCGGGCAGAUCUUCAAACGUGUGUGCGGACUUUACUUCCUAAUUUUUAUUAGAAUUUGUUACGGUAAAGCCGCGGAAUAUUGAAUUCCUUCACGAAAUGGCAAUUUUUCACGUCUCAACCAUGUCCAAUUUCAGGUGCAAUACUCAAUACAAAAAAUUCAUUUUUCCUUUCAGAUUUAAGAUUUUCCGAAUGUUGCUUAUGUUAUCUUUGUCUUCUUGCAAUUUAUACUUCCGUUGUUAUAGAUCGCAUUAUUUAUUUUUACUUUAUUCGUAUGUUGAGAUUAAUUUUAACUUGUUGAUUGUUAUCUUAACUUCUAACUGUUCUCUAGUUGUUUCUAACACUCAUAUUUCAGUUGAGACUUCUUCCGUGGAAAAUACAAUUAUUAUUCUAUUUAUUAGUGCAUUAUUAUUCUAUAUAUUUCUGUUGCAACUGUAGUCUACUUCAUUUUAUUUCGAGCUUCGUAGUGUCCUGUUUAGUUAAUUCAUCUCUAAUUUGAUAGACUACUUCAUAAUUUAUUGCUCGAACACGAAAAGUGUAAUCCAGAUGAUGGCGCGAAAUAGUAUUUUCAUAAAAUUUUAUA